AUGAAACAAAACCUUACGUUUGCUAGUCUUUGGCCAGAUGAUAACGAUUUCAUGACAAUUGUUCAUCCACAUUGGCAUAAAUUUACUCAACCUGAUCCAUUGUAUUACUAUCUAGUAGGAAUUUAUAUCAGCAUUGUUGGCAUAUUGUCAGUGAUGGGGAAUUCUUUGGUAAUCACAUUAUUUAUUCUAUGUAAACAAUUAAGAACACCACCAAAUAUGCUCAUAGUAAAUUUGGCCAUCUCUGACUUUUCUUUUGCACUUAUCAACGGUUUCCCAUUGAAAACAAUAGCUGCAUUUAAUCAACGUUGGGGCUGGGCUUGUCAGUUGUAUGGAUUUGCUGGUUCAAUAUUUGGAUUUAUUUCUCUAACAACAAUGGCUUUCAUUGCAUUGGAUAGAUAUUUAGUGAUUGCUCAACCUUUUGAAACAUUUUCACAUAUUAGUUACGGAAAAGUUACAGUCAUGAUAGUUAUCGCAUGGAUAUGGUCAGCGAUGUGGUCGAUUCCACCAUUUUUCGGUUAUGGAAGUUAUAUACCUGAAGGUUUUCAUACAUCUUGCACUUUCGAUUAUCUAUCAACCGACUUACCGAACUUAAUAUUCAAUGCAGGAUUAUAUGUAUUAGGAUUUCUUUGUCCUGUUUUUGUGAUAAUAUUCAGUUAUUAUCAAAUUGUUAAAACAGUCCGACUCAAUGAAUUGGAAUUAAUGAAAAUGGCGCAAUCACUAAACUUUCAAAAUCUAUCGGCUAUGAAAACAGGUGAUAAGAAGGCAGAUAUUGAAGCAGCUAAAACAUCGGUUAUUCUUGUACUUCUCUAUCUAAUGUCAUGGACUCCCUAUGCCAUUGUAUGUCUGAUAACACUAAUCGGUAGCAGAGAUUCAUUGACUCCAUUCUACUCUGAGCUGCCUGUCUUAUUUGCAAAAACAUCUGCUGUAUACAAUCCUAUUGUGUAUGCAGUCAAACAUCCUAAAUUUCGUCUGGAAAUUGAAAAACGUUUUCCAUUUCUUAUUUGCUGUUGCCCACCUAAGCCAAAGGAGCGACUACAAAAUACAAUAAUUUCAAAAAUUCAAGUUUCACAAGUUGAAUUAAGUAAUGUCAACAGCGGUAAUGAAAGCACUUCGGGGGAAGUAAAACUAGAAAAUUAA